CGGCCGGUUGCUCUCUGCAACUCUCUUACUGUUGCCGCCGCUGCCGUUGACUUUUUUUAUUAUUAUAUUAUACAGACUCGUAUGUAAGACACGUAUGUAACAUCGUACAGUUCUGUUAUAAAGCUAGACACGCACUCUCCCGUCGCGGUAGUUUGUAGUGAGGCACAAGUGUCGAGUAUACAUGCACCUAUACGUAUAGGAGCUUCUCGUACACACCUGGUCCACGUGCUUUUCGUCCCUUUAAACGUACGAGUAUAUACUCGUUGUGCAACACGAUAAGAGAGAGACAGAGAGCGAUAUCGUUGCAGCCAUACGUGCGAAGAGAGCGGAUGUCCAGAGAGCAGCAUCACAGCACAACCUAACGGACGGAUGGUCCCAGUCCCAGAAUUCAUCAUCACAGCAGCGCUUAUCGGCUGCCAGUGCUGCGUGCCCGAGGAAACCGUCGCGCCGCCGCAGCGCCACGGGAAGAGGAAGGAGGAGGCGGGGAGGAGAGAUUGUCGAUUCUUAAAGGAGAGGCGAGACAGACUCUCGGUAACAUUGAUGCUGACGACCACGGCACUGCAUCAGUAGCGAGUGCAGACCUACUCAUGCCGCCGCCGUUUUUCCAACCGUCGUCGAGGACAUCAGUCGGGGGAGAAUCGAACUGACCAACUGUCGACUUUGAAAUCUUCGCCGGAUCUUUGCCGUCGCGUUUUUCAUCAGCGAGUGAAGUUCCUGCCGUUGACCACUGCACUCCUGCCGGAUGCUGAUGGAUGGGAGUUUUUCCUCAGUAUUUUUGUAAACAACGGCCAGCAUAACCUUGGAGAGAAGGAAUAUCUUUUCAACAACUGCCAUCGAGCUCUCUGUGAUUCAAGUGUACACUCGACUCCAUCCAACUAGUUCCUGGAAAGCGAAGAAAGCAAGGACAGCGCGGAUCAUGUCGACACAAAGGGUCCGCCAGGAUACUCGAACCUCGCGACACGACUCCGGCCCUUAUUGAGAUGGAUCGAGUCGCCAGUAGGACGAUCAGUGCAAAAACCUCCUCCUGACGACGGCGUCCCGAGGAGGAAAGGUUGUAUACACCACAGUGUGCCUCGUGCUGGUGAUACUUGACAGGAGAUAUUCUCGUACAGUGUAACCGUGCCUUUUUUCCGGAAACAAGUGCUUCGUUGCAAUUUUGUGUCGUUGUUUAUUAUUUUUCUUCGCGGUGACAAUGUCGAGGCACAGUCGAAGAUCGGAGAGGAGAAGCUUGUUGGGGAUCGGGAAGCUGCUGGUCGCGCUGAUGUUCCUGAUGGCGGUGGUGGCGCUGGCGCGGGGGAAGCCUGCCUUCUCCGCUGUCUACGUCGACGACAGAGCGCAAAAUUACCUGAUGAAGUUUGGCUACCUGCCGCAGAGCGGGCUCGAGACCGGUAACCUGAGGACGGAUGAUCAGCUGAGGGACGCCAUCAGAAGUUUGCAGAAAUUCGGCGGUAUUCCGGAGACGGGCCAAGUGGACGAGAGGACGCAGCAGCUGAUGGUGAGGCGACGGUGCGGCUUGCCGGAUAAGCCAGAUCUCAGGCUGCAGGACCCGAGCCUGCUGCGACGAUUCAAGAGGUACACUCUGCACGGAUCGCCCUGGAAGCAUCUCAAUCUCACUUGGAGUCUGAGAACGGAGAGACCAAGCGGCUUGGAAACUGGCGGUGUGCGACGCGAGCUCGCACGAGCUCUCGACGUGUGGGCCAAGAAUUCAAAACUUACUUUUCACGAGAUCAACAGCGAUGCAGCCGACAUUUUGAUCUCCUUCCAUCGGGGCUAUCACGGCGAUGGAUAUCCGUUCGAUGGCAGAGGACAGAUAUUGGCGCACGCUUUCUUCCCGGGUAGCGACCGAGGUGGCGAUGCUCACUUUGACGAGGAGGAGGAGUGGACCCUCGACUCUAGCGGCAACGACGAUGGUACCAGUCUGUUCGCAGUGGCAGCGCACGAGUUCGGCCACUCGCUGGGUCUGGCGCACAGCUCGGUCCGAGGCGCCCUUAUGUAUCCCUGGUACCAGGGGAUAACCGAGGAUUACGAACUGCCCGAGGACGAUAAGCACGGCAUCCAGCAGAUGUACGGCGCGCCAGAAUCCCGACUAUGGGGCAAGAAUCCAGACUACCCGGGCUACCGACCUCCAGUUCACCGUCCCUCCUACCCGACCUACACUCCGCGAACGACGACGACGACAACAACGGCCAGCACCACGACGACGGAGCGACCUUGGCGAACGCGACCCAGGGAGCCGAUGACUCAUCCGCCCGAUCGACGAGAUCACCCUUACCGUCCGAAUCACUACCCCGAGGAGAGGACCCGACCGCCGUACUAUCCGCCGAGACCCGAGUGGCCGGUGACGCCGAGAAGACCCCACAGACAUCACACACCUCCGACCGUUGGUACCACCAGUACACCUUACACCACCAGCACCACGCCGUCCAGUAGGUACAGGCCGCCGGUGAAGAAGGACCUGCCCGACAACUGCGACACCGAUUACGACGCCAUCAGUCUCAUCAGGAGGGAGCUGUUCAUCUUCAAAGGAAAGUACGUCUGGAGGCUAAACGAUCGCGGCCUGGUCGACGGCUUCCCGGCGGAGAUAAACCAGCUGUUCAAAUUCCCGAUGCGGGUGGACCACGUGGACGCGGUUUACGAGCGCAUCGAGGACAACCGGAUUAUCUUCUUCAUCGGCCGCUACUUCUACGUGUUCAAGGCGUUCUACCUCGAGCCAGGAUAUCCCAAGCCCCUCACCGCUCUGGGAUUACCUCCGGAUCUUGAAAAAAUCGACGCCGCCAUGGUCUGGGGAUACAACAAGAAGACUUACUUUUUCAGCGGUAGCAUGUACUGGAGGUUUGAUGAAAAUGUAAAUCACGUGGAGCUGGAUUACCCAAGAGAUAUAAGCAUGUUUGCCGGCGUUGGACCAAACAUUGAUACGGUUUUCCAGUGGAAGAAUGGCACGACGUACUUCUUCAAAGGCAAGCACUUCUGGCAGUUUGACGACAUGCGCAUGAGGGUGGCGCACAAGAAGCCCAAGUCAUCGGCGCACUACUGGAUGGGUUGUCCCCGGGGUAUCGAGACAAACGACGUUGACUUCGACGACGUGCCCACGAAGGCGCGAAUCAACAGCAUCUCUGCCAGCGGCGCGUCGACGUCCGGCGGAUUGGUGCUGAUCGCGUUGAUGCUUCUGUCGCUGCUGAUGAGCCAAUCAUCGCGUGCUUGGUACACGUAGAAUCCGGCCAGAUUUGACACAUAGCGCGUUUAAUGUGGAAAGUCGAUGAAGGAUCGGGUAUAUAUCGAUUAGUUCGAUUAUCUCCUACAUUAUGUAAUAACGUCCCUGAUUAGAGCAAUUUAAUCAGGGAUAAGCAUUUCACGCGCACUGUCGCAACCGCGUAGCAAGUAAUUAGGUGGACUUUUUCUUUUUUAUAAUUUAAAUAAGAAUGAGUACGAAUAACUUUUUUAAUUGACUUUUACUAUAAUGCUAUACCUUAAAUAAAAGUACGAGCUGUAUGAAAUUAUAUUACCUCUUUAACGAAAACUGUCAAACAAUAUACUCACACAGCUUUGUAAUUAUUUUUUACAAGUAUACAUUACAACCCUGCGCAAAACACAUUAAUAGCUGCUUCAAAAAAUGAAUAUGUAGGAAAUUACUUAUGCUCAAGUAUUGUAUACUUGUAAAUUAUCGGUGACUUCACAACAGUUGCAGAAAUUUAUAUAGAUACGUAAAAUAUUUUUAUUGAUAAGUUUUUAGUUAGCUUAAACUGUGGACAAUGCAAUACUACACGACUUUUUAUGGAUAAGAUGAACGACAAAACAUCUAUUAUUUGAAAUUUAUUUAAAAACAUAUAAAUCAUUAAACUUUUUAAAAACAAUAAUGCGAAAAUGAGCCAUAACUGCCUUUAUUGCGAGGAACAUUUUACAUUCCUCCGUACGCCAAUUUUUAUCGCAUUUUUAUUUAGGAAAAAUUUUAUCGCCCUGCAUUACAUAAAUAUGUUAUUGUUCAAUUUUUUAUGUAACAUAAAAUAGAAAUAAUUUAGUUAAUGGGUUUUAAAACCUCUACUUUGUUAUUUUGUUCAAUAUAAUCAAGGAAGAACUUUAAAAGACCAUUUAGUCUUUUUCAAUUAUACAUAAUGUGUAUUAGAAAAAAAUACGUAUAACUUUUAUAUAUGAAUGUAAUGUAAGAAGCGUGCAGUCAGUUUUUUAAACUGUGAUAUUUAUAUUGAAAGAGUAUUGCUAGUCUGCAAACAAAAGAGGGAUAUUCAAAUGUACUUUUUUACUUACAGUGUCUUACUUAAAGCAGCAAUGCUUUCAUGACAAAAUUUGUCUGGCGAAACCCUCACGAAUCUUGACGAAUUUUGAUGCAGAUUAGCAUACCGAAUUUUAUCUCAAUAAGCUUUAUUUUGUAAGCUCACGCUUUCUAUGUGUAUAUAUAGAAAAUAUAUAGAAAAUAACGAAAUCAAUUUCGACUAUACAGUAUACAAUUUAUAUACCGUGUGAGUGCAUUUGAGAUGGUAAAAUCACAUCGAAAAAAAAUAGAGGCUUCAAAAAAAA